AUGAGAACAUCAAAUCCACCAGGUAUCUACCGAAGAAAUUUUCGUCCAAUCGGACAAAAACAUCAAGAUAUGGAUCAAUUGUUUAUAAAACGCGAUAAAUUAUUAGCUCAAUUAAAUGAAAUAUCUGGUAGUGUUGAUAAUGAUGAAGAUUUAUCAUCUGCACAUGAUAAACGAUCCUUAUCAACAAAUUAUUCGAAUGAAACUAAACCUACUAAUUCUCAAGAUGAUGAAGGCGAAGAAGGUGAAAUAAGUGAAAGUGACUAA